AUGGACGACUACAAAAUCUCCAGCAAACCCAUCGCCAACAAAGAUUCCAUCGUAACUGGCCCUCAAUGGCGCUUCACAUUGAUCAGCGACAUGGUUCUUCGCUACGAAUGGGCCGAAGAUGGCGUCUUUGAAGAUCGCCCAUCAACAUUUGCUCUCAACCGUGAAUUUCCCACCCCAAAAUUCACUGUUUCCGACGAAGACGACCAGCUCGAAAUCAGAGCUGAUUCCUUUCACGUAACCUACAACAAGAAGCGCUUCGACCGCUACGGUCUGGUGAUUAGCUUCACUAACAAAAAUACCCUCUGGGGCGCUGACUGGCGAUACGGAGAGACGGUCCAGAAUCUUGGAGGUACGGCGAGAACCCUCGACGAGGUCAAUGGUCGCUGCGAGCUGGAGCAGGGCAUUCUCUCCAGGGCUGGAUACUCGGUUCUUGACGAUAGCGAGUCUAUGCUUUUGGACCCUUCUACUGGUUUUGCAGCGCCGAGACGGUCUGGGGAUCGUAUUGAUGGGUAUCUCUUCUCGUAUGGCUACGACUACAAAGGUGCUAUGAGAUCCUUCUUUGCUAUUUCUGGUAAACAGCCUGUUCUGCCACGCUGGGCGCUGGGGAAUUGGUGGAGUCGGUACUAUCCUUACACUGACGAGGAGUACCUGAAGCUCAUGGACAAGUUUGAAGCUGAAAAGGUUCCGCUUUCUGUUGCUGUAAUUGAUAUGGACUGGCAUCAAGUUCACGGUGAUCAUAUCCCCCAUGCUGGAUGGACGGGCUAUACGUGGAAUAAGGAACUCUUCAAGGACCCCAAGGCUUUCACCAAGGCGCUGCAUGAUAAGAAGCUCAAAGUUACGUUGAACGACCAUCCUCACGGCGGUGUUUAUCACCAUGAGGAUCAGUAUGAGGAUAUGGCCAAGGAUCUGGGACACGACACUUCUGCCAAAGCACCGAUUCUGUUUAACCCUGCGGACCCAAAGUUUAUGCAUUCUUAUCUCAAUACGCUUCAUCGCAGUCUUGAGAAAGAUGGGUGUGAUUUUUGGUGGAUUGACUGGCAACAGGGUCCGUACAGUCGUGUACGUGGCCUUGACCCCUUAUGGCUUCUCAAUCACUACCAUUUUCUGGACCACCAGAAGCAGAAUGGAGAGGACAAGGCCAUUAUAUUCUCGCGCUUCGGAGGACCGGGUAGUCAUCGCUAUCCCGUCGGUUUCUCGGGCGAUAGCAUCAUGACAUGGGAAUCGCUCGAGUUCCAGCCCGAGUUCACAGCUACAGCAUCCAACAUUGGUUACGGAUGGUGGAGCCACGAUAUCGGUGGCCACAUGGGAGGAUACCGCGAUGACGAGCUGGCUACACGCUGGGUGCAGUACGGUGUGUUCUCACCCAUCAUGCGACUUCACUCCCAGAUGGGCUUGUUCACUUCCAAAGAGCCCUGGCUGUACCGAUCUGAAUUCGCAGAGGUCAUGAAGACAUUCCUCCGGUUCCGCCAUCGUCUCGUUUCGUAUCUCUACGCCGCUAAUCUGGACUCUGCGUACCGAGAUGAUCCCGUCGUGCAGCCUCUGUACUGGAAGUUUCCCGAAAGAGACGAAGCGUACGGAAAGCCGAACCAGUAUUUCUUUGGGUCACAGCUUGUGGUUGCUCCUGUCGUGAAGCCGCGCGAUAAGAGGACGAACCAUGGCGCUGUUGAUGUCUGGGUACCUCCUGGUCGUCAUGUCGAUAUUUUUACUGGUACUGUUUACGAUGGUGAUCGUGAUAUGAGGAUGUUUAGGAGUAUCAAGAGCCUGCCCGUUCUUGCCCACGAGGGAGCUAUUGUCCCUCUUGAUGCGAACCUCUCUCCAAGAAAUGGAGGCGAGAACCCUGAACAUAUCGAAGUUCUCGUAGUCGUGGGCGACAAUGGUGAGUUUACUUUAGUCGACGAGGGUUCUGCCGAGCAAGGAACGGAUUCCGAUUCCACGCGUUUUGAGUACGCUCAAGACAAGGGUCAAUUGAAGUUUCGUCCCGAGGGAAGAGCAUGGACGAUCAAGUUCAUCUCCAUCACAGAGAUCCCAGAUAACUUCAAGGUCUUCAAGCGCAACGAAUUCAGCGACGAUGAUCUCGAUGUCAAGACAAGUGUUGAAGACUACCCCAGCGUUCCAGGUCUUGUGGUCGAGAUUCCAUCUAACUCUCCUGGGCCAGAAGACGUGGUUAUCUGUCUAGGAGAUGACCCGCAAUUGAGUGUACUUGAUCCAUUGAAGCGUAUUCAGGAUCUUAUUCUGGAUUAUCAGAUGGAUAUGUGGACAAAGGAGAAGCUCUGGGGGGUUGUAAAGGCAUCGCAACCUACGUCGGUCAAGAUUGGACGGUUGAUGGGUUUGGGGUUGGAUGAGGAGUUGCUUGGACCUGUGAUGGAGUUGAUUAUGAGUGAUAGUCGAUAUCAGAUGUCUUCCAAUUGA